CACAGCUCCCUCUCAACCCUCGUCCAAACCCUAGCCGCGCCCUCCUCCGUGCGUCGCCGCCCCCAUCGAUUCCGCCCAACACCGCCGCCCCCCUCCACUCGCUCUCCUCCAUGAGCCGGAUCCCCACCUCCUCCGGCUCCCCUUCCACUCACUCUCCCGUGAAGGCCUCGGCUCCUGGACUCCGCUCCAUCUGCUCUGAUCUGAUUCGAUCUCGGCUUCCUCCCCAAGCCACGCGACACGAGAGCAGAUCCGACUCCCGCUCCGGCCAAGGUGGCGACCAUCCAGUUCAUGAUGGCCCGCCAGAUCUUCGACAACCGCGGCAACCCCACCGUCGAGAGUUCGGGUCCGCGCUAGACGAGGAGGGGAAGGGCGCGGCCGCGGUGGCCGCCAGCGUGCGGGACGCCAACAAGCGCACCGCGCUGCACUUCGCCGCCCGGGAAGGCCAGACCAAGCUCUGUAAAUUCCUCAUCGAGCAGCUCCGCCUCCCCGUCGACCCCAAGGACGACGACGGCGAGACUCCACUCAUCCAUACCGCCCGGCAGGGCCGCCAGGAGACGGUGGAGUACCUGCUCGGCCGCGGGGUUGAUCCUUCGGUCGCGUCCAACAUGGGAGCCACGGCACUGCAUCAUGCUGCAAGCAUAGUGGAGAGAAUAUCUGAACGAACAUGUGGCGUCUAUUUUUCUUGUUAUUACAUGACACAUUGAGAUUAUGAAGCUUUUGCUUGGUAAGGGAGUCGAUGUCGAAUCCGAAAGCGAGUCAGGUACUCCCCUUGUUUGGGCUGCUGGUCAUGGACAACAAGACGCGGUCAAGCUUCUGCUUGAACACAAUGCUAAGGAGCUCCAGGUCUACAAAAUUUAAAGUUCGAAACCAUAUAGCUCUACUCAGCAAAGAGUCUCUUCUAUUUGAUUGUAAUAGAAUGUAAAUAUUGUAAUAUUGUAAUAGUAGGCAUAUUUGGGUUGUAAUAACUAUGUGCAGAUUGUAAUAGACUUAGUUAGUUUUAUUUGAUGAACUAAAUUUGUACUGUUCCGUUUGAAAUAUUGAUUAUGUAUGUGAUUUGAAAACAUGUGGAAUGGAAACCUAAUUUGUGGGAUC